AAACACCUUGUGAAUAUGACUCAAUUCACUGCUACCAUCAAUCAUCGCAAAUUUUCUACCUCAGGGUACAAGCUCUCUUUACGCGCAAAGCUGGGUUUACAUGUACGGAUCUCUGGCUGCUUUACAGGUAAGUGGGAUCUCGGUUCACUUGACAUUGUCUCGCUUUUCUAGCGGCCAAUAUGACUCUCUAGGCACACCUUCCCUAGCCUCUAUCCGUGACCACGUAUCACGCAACCGUAAUGCAUCAGGGUCGCACUCACCUGUCAAUAUAUUAUUAUAUUGAGAAGGAUGAGUCAAUGUUCUAAUACGUACGUAAGUGAUGGUUAUUUAAAUGAACUGUCUUAUUACAUGAUUUUAAAAUCAUUGUUUUCACUUUGUAUUUCCUCUCACUUUUCUACUUUAUUUUCUUUCCGGGCAACUUUAUAGAACUAGAGCGCACUUACGGAAAAGUAUUUAUGAGUGCGUGGGUGGAUGUGUGUGGGCGCGCAACCUUAUUUAACAGUUGGUGCCUGGUGGGUUGGUGAAUGAAUCUGUGAGUCCUGUGUGCUGGUGGUGCUAAUGGCUAGUUCUGAACAAACUUUUCGCUUGAGUUUUGGUUUUAGCUACUUACUAUAUCGUGCCAUAUUCCACUCUUUAUCCCAUCAACAACCCUUUACUAUUCAACUUUCUGGUCCCAACCAGCCCUGUUUCCUUCUUCAAAAAUAAAUAAAUAAGUGCAUGGCUUUCAAAAUAUGUAGAACAGGCGCCGUAUGGCAGGAAUAGAAUGGUCCAAAACUUAGCUUGUGGGAAGUAAUAAAUGGUCCAAACAUAAUGAAUUUCCGUGAACUAUAAGUCUAUAAGGCGAUUCCCAUCUUUUCCCAUAGUCGGCACCACCCAAGAUGUUACGUUAGGGGACUGGCUCAUACCAUUUAUUCACGCUACAUUUAUUUCUUCUCAGUAUUUCCUCCAAACUUAAAAUUUCCAAUCAGGACCCCACUUCAUGAUUCAUGAUUAAACUGAAAAAAGAGUAUGCAAUUCAUUGAACAAAAAUAUUCAGGAUUAUGCCUAAAAAAUGUGUAUGCAAGUCACUUAAAUUAAGUGAGAUAGAUAGUGUGAGUGGUAUGUAGUUUUGAGGUACUGCUAAAGAAAUUUCAACUGAAAGGAGGCAGAGUUUAACUGAUAAAUGUGGGUAUGAUAUAGUGUAUGCAGAGGUUGAAAUUCAUUGAAGCUUCAAUUCUCCUAUCUUUUACAGCUUUCUCACCUCUGUUUGAGCAGUUGGUUAAAAAGUUACCCUUCCUAAUUGCUACAUCGUGUGGUACAGUACGGUCAGUACAGCCAACCCACACCCAUAUCAAACAUUAGAACUCCUAAUCUCCCUGUUUAUCAAACAUCAGUGGGUUCGUGAGGGAGUUUUAAGAAUCUCGCAAUAAAUGAUCAAAGUCCGGGCGUUUAGGUUGGAAUUGGAUUGGUUCUUCAGUCGAUGCUUUGUUGCUGAUGCCAGCCACCCAAACCCACAUCAAAUCCAAAUAAAAAAAGUCAUCUGUCGUGGCCAAGCCUUACGUACACUUUAAAUUUGAAAUCUGUGUUAGCAGAGUGCAACCAAUAACGUCGCCAAUUACUGGCCAGCUACUACUCAGGGGCUUCAUUACUACACAUCCCUUUCUCUUUCUAUCAUAUUUCCAUCCAUCAUACGAAUUUUGUAGGCAUUAGGUUACUUGGAUAAUGGUAGAAGCAACAUUAUUUCUUUGUAAAAAAAAAAAAAAAAAAAAAAUCGUUUUGAGAAGACAAAAGGUGGAUAAGUUAGAAGUUGAUUUCAUUCACCAUGUAAAAUGCGUUAAAAAUAAUUUGAGAAGUUCAUGUCACAGCCUUUUCAGUCAUUUACUAAUAUCCCGUACUUUUUCCCUUAGGUAAAAGUUUUAGCCCUAGAGAUUGAAAAUUCAAAGGCAACUAAGACUAAGAGGAAGUCUGAAAGCGUAAAUAAUUUAAUCACAAAAUUCAGAAAUUAAACUAGUUUCUAUUUCCAAGAAUCAACUAGGAAGUGUAGUUAGCGUCAAUGCAGAAAUGAGCUGUUAAUUAAAUGCAAGAAAAGAGCAAAAUUGAUUAGGGGAGAGAGGUGAGGCAAGACUGAAAUACGGAAGCGCGCAGCUAAGAGCUCUGUCUCAUCUUUGUCUCAUUAGCGCCAUCAUCACUCCAUGGGGAGUCGACGGUCCUCUCUCCCUUCUCUCCCUUUCUCUCGGGGGCCUCCCAUAUGGCCUGUUACCGUUUUCCAUUCCCCCUCCCCUUCCUUUUGCCCUUUUUUUUUUUUUUCUGUAAUUAAUUAUUUUUUGGGAAUGAUAACUCCUUAUAUAUAUAUCAUGGACACACUCUCUUAGACCUGACCCGCGUCAUUGAAUGCAAUUCAACUAUCCACCUAGGGAGGGGAGAGAGGGAGAGAGAGAGAGAGGUGUUCAGCUUUCUUCUCUGCCAGUGCAAAGUUAUUGAGGAGGGGGGAAACAGUAGGAUGAGGGGCUUCUUCUUCUUUAAUUUGUCCAUUACUGGGUGCAGCAGAAGGAGGUGGCAGGUUGUGUGUACAUUGUAUGUCACCUUAAGAAGGCCCACAUGGCUUCCUAUGUUGGGUUUUGGCCUCCUCUAUAUUGAGAGGGGAGAGGCAGGAGCAGCAGAAGACAGAGAGCUGUGGUACUAUAGGAGCUGGAGAAUAGCCAGGACGACGCGUGAGAAAGGGAAGGCAUAUUGUCAGUUGUAGAGGAGCAGGUUUUUGGGACCAGAUGGCGACCUUUGAUUCCUUUCCUUUUCCCUUUCUUUCUCUCUCUCUCACACAUACGGACACACACACACAAGCACAUUGUUACGCGCUCACGCACACACACUUUGUCUCACAGGUCACUACACUCUGUUGCUUAUUUCACUUUGUGGCACCCCAGAAGAGUAUAGAACCUUACAACUCUGAUGCCACGCCUCGUUAGCCCAGUUUCAGCCCUCUGUCCCUCUCUGUGGUCCAUCACCAGCUCUCAACACAGACCAAGCCCAUAUAUUGGCGUAGAUAGGGAGGAGACAGACAAAGAAAAGAAGCAGAUAUGGAUUGGAAUGGCAACUUAAGACCCUUUGUUUCACGCCCAGAGAGUUCCUUCACCUUCCUCUACAACUAUAACUACGACCCAUAUCCAGUUUCAGGGAUGGAGGUGAAGCACCCAGUAUCAGCGGAGACAGCCCAUGCAAUGGUUCGGCCUAUGGACAAGAGUAGUUUUGGAAACCAGGAAAAGAAGAAGCGACUAACAAAUGAACAGCUAGAGUCACUGGAGAGGAGUUUCCAGGAGGAGAUAAAGCUCGAACCAGAUAGAAAAAUGAAGCUAGCACGAGAGCUUGGGCUCCAGCCGCGACAAAUCGCAGUUUGGUUCCAGAACAGGCGCGCUAGGUGGAAGACGAAGGAGCUGGAACGCUUAUAUGAUGUCCUUAAACAAGAGUACGAUCUCAUGUCCAAGGAGAAGCAAAAGCUCCAAGAAGAGGUUUCAAGAUUGAAAGGUAUCCUUAGGGAGCAGGCGACUAGGAAGCAAGUAUCCAUGGGCUACACAGAGGUUUCCGGGGAAGAGACUGUGGAGAGCACAUCCAUCACGAUUCGUAGCUCCAACAAGCCACGAGGAUUAAGUCAUCAAAUUGCUGACCGCAACUAUGUGUACACCGCGGAGGAAUAUAACCCAGUGUCGCCCCCUUAUUGGGGUGUUCUGCCGCCUUAUCCUUCAACCUAGAGCUGCUAGCCUAAUUGUUCAUAAUUUUAUCGUAACUUAAAGUUUAGGUUUGUUACAUGAGAGCACCUUAUUUUGUAACCGAAUUUGUCAGUUGGGGUUUAAUUUGGCUGCCUUUUGCUUUCA